UUUUGUUCACAUAACGGUUGUUGUUCAUGCCAAAUGAACACGUCCCUGCAGUGUCCUCUAAACUGGUCGAAAGACGAAUUAGAGGACAAUGCAAUAAUGAUCAACAGCGCCAACAUAACCCACGAAUAUAGACAACAGUAAGAAAACAACCCAACAAGAGAGAAGGAAGAAAGAGCCCACGGACAGACAAAAAGCGCCAAACCGGAUCACCCCAGGAAAACAACAAAUACAACAGAUGAUCAUCGCGGGAUUACCCACACAAAUAAAAGGUUAUACUUAUAACUAUUGUAUUAAUCCCGAAUUGUAUGAUCUAUUAACCAAGAUACAUUAAAACCCACUCAUUUGUAUAACAAACACACACACUCAGUUGUACAGACUAACCAAUAUAAAUGGUAUUAGCUUAUACCCUACACACCAAAAUACACAAAAUUACAUUUAUAUUAAAACUAAUCAUCUUAUUUUAUUUGGCAUACCGGCAACUCAACGUCGAGUUGCAGAUGUUUUUAAUACCUAAAACCAAAUGAGUUAUAUGAAUGCAUAUAUGUAUAUCAAAAUGACCAUGAUGACGAUAAAAGUAGAAAUCCGGAUAUCUGUCUGUCACCUCUUCGAUUUUUUAAAUGUUCCACCAUUAAUCUUUUGGUGCUUUAUAGAAAUUCUGUUUCUAUGUCACAGAUUUAUUUACAGAACUUCAUUAUGUAUAAUGCAAUAUAAUAAUUACUGGAGAUUUUAACAUUUUACAAGUCUAAAGGGACUACAUUAAGAUAUACUCUCGAAGAAACAUUUUUUAGUUCCCCGCUUGAUAAAGAACAUUCAACUACAACUGCCGGUACACAAAUUGUAGACGUAAGCCAUCGAAAUUAAAUUAUGAUUGAUAAAUGUAUUUAAGAAUCAUUGUAAGAAUGCCUUUUUUUCGGUUACACCCGAACUUUGGCUUUCCAUACGUGUUUGACUUUUAAGAAUGCCUUUUUUUCGGUUACACCCGAGCUUUGGCUUUCCUUACGUGUUUGACUUUUCUGUUUUUGAAUUUGUUUACAUUCUCAUUUUUUUCUGGCAGUAAUGUAAACUUUUUUGAAAAUAUUUGAACGAAAAAACAUUUCAACAAAACCCAGCGGGAUAAUGGUUCACCGCUUACAUUUUUCUUUGAAGAAUACUUCGAAGAAAAUUCGAUGUAGAAUUCUUCGAUACCUGGUAAUGCAUAAAAGUAAGCUAUGCGGAACUUCGCUUACAUUUUUCUUGAAGAAUACUUCGAAGAAAAUUCUAUGUAGAAUUCUUCGAUACCAGGUAAUGCAUAAAAGUAAGCUAUACGGCUAAAUUCUACUGUGUUCAUAUUUACAAAUCAAGUAAGUACAUGAAAAACGACAAAUACAAAUUGAUGGAAUAAAAUUUAUAAGUAAAUUUUUUCAUUAUUUCGUCAAAUCAUCAAGCAAAAAGUUGGUCGUGAUCACGUGAGCUACUAUUUUAAUUAAAAAUUUUGUUUAUUUUUUUGUGUUUAAACUUAGAAUAAAAAAUAAAAGAAUGUUCUCAAAAAGACAUAUGAGAAGACUUAUUAAAAAUAAAGAAAGUGAAUUUUACGAAAUGACUGAAGAUGAUUCUGAAGAGGAUGCGGUGAAUUGUAGCUUUGACAAUAUUGAUGCUGAAGUCGAAUUUUUUGAAAAAGAAGAAAGUUCACAAAAAACGAACUGUGACAAAUUAAUUGAAAAAUUGAAAAUGUGGACUGCGCGUCAUAAAGUCACAAGGAACUGCUUCGAUGAUUUGUUAAAAAUAUUGCAGUCGGAGAAUAUUUCAGUACCAACAUCUUCGAAAGGAAUUUUACGACAAGCGACCUGCAAAUUGAGAACUGUUGCGCCAGGAAAUUAUUUGCACAUAGGCCUAGAAAAGCAACUAAGGAGUAUCGCGAUAACGUUGAGUGACGUUGAUAAAUUUGAAAUCGAUAUCGGUAUUGACGGCUUACCUUUGUACAAAAGCUCAAAUGUAAGCUUAAAAUUGCAUCCAAAAAGAAAUACGAAGGUGAUGUUGAUUGGUGUUUUUGAAGGCAAACAGAAACCGGCAGACGUGAAUAACUAUUUAGACGAUUUUGCUUAUGAACUAAAAACUUUAACGCAAUACGGAAUGGAAGUCAAUGGCAGAAGAAUCAAAGUGAAAGUGCGAUGCUUUAUUUGCGAUGCCCCAGCAAGAGCAUUUAUCUGCCAAACAGUAGGUCACAACUCUUUUCAAGGAUGCAGCAAGUGCACACAAGUGGGUAAAAAUAUAAACCAUACAAUAACUUACAGUACAUUGACGGAAAAUCUUCGAACUGACGAUGACUUUGCUGCAAGAAAUAGCGUGGGCCAUCAUAAAAAAAUGGAAAAAUCGUGUCUCGAAGAAAUAGGUGUGGGAAUGGUCUCCGCUUUUCCUGUUGAACCAAUGCACCUUUUAGAUCUUGGAGUUGUAACAAAAGUGCUAAAAUGUCUAAUUAAUGGUCCGAAUGUAGGAUAUCAGUUGACAAAGCAGCAGAAAAAUAUGCUGUCGAAAACUUUGAUUUCGUACAUACCUUACAUACCCAAUGAAUUUGUACAUUCAGUGCUGCAUUUGGUGGACUCCGUUAAAUCGUGCGAUUUUCUGAAUUCAUUCUCAGCAUAUGCAUUCGAAAAUUUUUUGCAAACCCUAAAGCGGUUCGUUAAAAGACCCCGAGAAACAUUACAACAAAUAAAUAACAGAUACCAAUAUGAAAACGUGUUUACAAAAGACAGAUAUGUGGGUCCAAAAGUCAAAAGAUGUGGGAAGGUUAUUCGAUUUUAUGGAAAUGACUUUAAUAUCAGCGAUAAAUUACCGGAUAAUUUUUGCUACGUUAAACCGGGAGUGGCAAUACAAAUUAUAAGAUUAUCGAAGAAAGAUGAUGAUCUUUAUAUGCAUGGAAAAGUUUUGAAAAACUGCUGCAAUCUAUUUACGGAACCAUUGAAAUCGAUGAUAGAUUUGGGCGUUUUCAUAGCUGACAUUGACACCGAAGAAGCGGAGCAAAUCUAUGAUGUCCAACUUAUUUUAUACAAAUUAAUGUGUCUGCCUUACAAUAAUCAAUUUGUAUUUCUACCGAUUAUUCACAGCAAGGACCUAUAAGAUGAGUUACCACGGGCUGAAGUCUUUUAGCGUGAAAUCGGUUGCGGAAAAUUACAAAAACGAAAAUUCUUGUCCAUGCAAAAUCGCCAGUCUGGAAAAAAAAAUUGAUGAAAUGCAACAACAUAUAGAGAAAUUGACGAAACAAGUUGACACCACAAAUGAGCUGUUGCGAAAAUUAAUUGAAUUGAAAAAUCACUGCAUAAAAUUAUAGCAGUUGAAUUGUUGCUGGAAUACAAUUACUUUGGUGUGAAGGGUAAAAAAUCUUUGAAGGAAUUUACGCACUUUACUUUACGUUACUAUUUGAAUGUGUGAAAGUUGAAGGUUUCAGCGAGUCGGAGUAUAUACACCAAAUUCAAAAAAGUAUCAAACUCGCCAAAGGCCGUUUCUUCAAGUCUCGUUGCUUGGAUAAAAAACGAAAAGAGACUCAGCCACAAAAUUAAAAGCAGCGUACCAAUUCGAACAAAAAGGAACGAGAAAGGAUCUCGCGCACCUUUUUACAUUACCACGUCGUUCGACCAACAUCUCCGCUUUCGCAGCAUCCCGGUUCUUUCCGCUAGUUACCCGCCUGUAUAUAUAUUUAACGUUUUUUAAAACCUGCUGUUUUCAACCUUUGAUCAUUUUAUAUAUACUAUAUAUAUGUGUAUUUAACGUUUUUAAACUAUUUCAAUUUGUAAUAAUUCAGUUCAGUUAAACACAUUUUGUUAUAACAAUUUUUAAGUGCAUUUCGCAAAAAAUAA